AUGGGUCAUUGGACCAUCCUGCUGUUGCCAAUUCGUUUGCCAUGCAUGGCUAGAUCAGGAUUUUGUCAGGCUAAAAGGUUUACCAGUUCCAAAACCCCGAUGAGUCUUGAUGCCAAAAGCGACGAGUAUGAUGAACUUAAUCAAAUGUAUUCAGAUAUGUUUUCAGAGACAAGUUCCAACGCGGCAAGAGACCAAUCUGUUUUAUCGGAAAUCGACGAACUCAAUUUUGAAUUUAAUGCCUUCACUAAUUUAAGCAUUUCAUGUUUGAAUUCUAGUCAAUUGCAGAAUAUCGUGAGCCAAGCGGGACGGUUCGUUAUGCAUAGUACCUCGAACAACCCAUUUUACAAUUUAGCACUUGAAUCAUACAUCUUCAAGCACACGCCUCAUUCCAAGAAACGCAAGAAUCAUAAUGAGAGACUUCUUUUUUACAUCAACGAUAAAAGCGUUGUGAUAGGCAAAAAUCAAACCAUCUGGAGGGAACUCUUCGUCGAACAAUGUAAACGCCAGGGAUACCAAAUUAUCCGGAGGAUGUCUGGCGGGGGUGCGGUGGUCCAUGAUUUGGGCAACGUGAACUACAGUUUUCUCACUUCGCGAGAUAAUUUCAAAAGAGAGUUUUUCAAUCGUCUUAUUGCAGACACUUUGAAAGACCAUGAGCCGUCCGCAGAAGUUAGUCUGAGCUCCAGAGGAGAUAUACUUUUCGAGACUCAGAAAGUAAGCGGGAGCGCCUAUAAAGUUGCCGGUGGUAAAGCGUAUCAUCACGGAACAAUGCUGGUGAGCGCCAAUAUCCGCGGGUUUUCAGGUCUUUUGAAACCGGAUCAAAUCGCAGAGGAAAUUUGGGAAGGAGGGAGCGUCGAAAGCGUGAGAUCUCGUAUUACCAAUAUCGGAGAUCGUGUCGUUAAAUCUCCACAAGAAUUCAUUUUUCUGUGUACCCAAGCUUUCCGGAAAUUCUUUGGAGGUGAAAUCCCGGAAUUUUGGUGCAAUGAGAAAGAAUCUACAAAUGACGAGAUAGUGUCUACCGUGGACCUGCUGAUGAGUCAGGACUGGAUUUACAAUUCCGGUCCCAAAUUUACGCUUAAAUUACCUUCUGGGGAAUUUGUCAUCGAGAAGGGAAUAGUGGUGAGUAGUACAUCAAAAGAAUACUUACAUAGGCCCUUCUGGUCGAUCGCGCCAACGCUAGUAAAAUGA